CCCUCCCCUCCCACGGGCCGGGCCGGGCCGGGCCGGGCCGGCCGCUCCCCUGGCAUGAGCGCGGGUGGCUGCGCCGCCGCCGCCGCCCCAGCGCCCUAGUGCCGCUGCCGGGGAGCCGGGCGGGCCGCGCCGCGCCAUGCGGCUGUGCGGGGCGCUGCUGAAGAGCCCCAUCCCCAAGCAGAUCGAGUACUACUCCCGCUUCUCCCCCUCGCCCCUCUCCAUCAAGCAGUUCCUCGACUUCGGACGUGACAAUGCAUGUGAGAAGACUUCAUACAUGUUUCUGCGGAAGGAACUUCCUGUGCGACUAGCUAACACAAUGAGAGAAGUCAAUUUGUUGCCUGACAACUUACUUAACAGGCCUUCAGUUGGGCUAGUACAGAGUUGGUACAUGCAGAGUUUUCUUGAGCUUUUAGAAUAUGAAAACAAAAGUCCUGAGGAUCCUCAUGUUCUGGAUGACUUUUUAGAUGUUUUAAUUAAAGUCAGGAACAGACACAAUGAUGUGGUUCCAACCAUGGCGCAAGGGGUGAUUGAAUACAAGGAAAAAUAUGGCUUUGAUCCAUUUGUUAGCAGUAACAUCCAGUAUUUUCUAGAUAGAUUCUACACCAACCGCAUCUCUUUCCGUAUGCUUAUUAACCAACACACACUUCUUUUUGGUGGUGAUAUUAAUCCUGCUCAUCCCAAACAUAUUGGAAGCAUUGAUCCUAAUUGUAAUGUGGCAGAGGUGGUUAAAGAUGCUUAUGAAACAGCUAAGAUGUUAUGUGAACAGUACUAUCUGGUGGCACCUGAUCUGGAAGUUGAAGAAUUCAAUGCUAAAGCUCCAAACAAACCUAUUCAAGUAGUCUAUGUACCUUCUCAUUUGUUUCAUAUGUUAUUUGAAUUAUUCAAGAAUUCAAUGAGAGCUACAGUGGAAUUGCAUGAAGGUAAGAGAGAAGCCUAUCCAUCGAUCAAAACCUUAGUCACUUUGGGGAAAGAAGAUCUAUCUAUUAAGAUAAGUGAUCAAGGUGGAGGUGUACCUUUAAGAAAAAUAGACAGAUUGUUUAACUACAUGUACUCAACAGCACCCAGGCCCAGUUUGGAACCCUCAAGAGCUGUGCCUUUGGCUGGGUUUGGCUAUGGCUUGCCAAUUUCUCGUCUGUAUGCUAGAUACUUUCAAGGUGACCUUAAACUCUACUCAAUGGAAGGCGUUGGUUCAGAUGCUGUAAUUUAUUUGAAGGCCCUUUCAAGUGAAUCAUUUGAAAGACUUCCUGUUUUUAAUAAGUCAGCAUGGCGACACUACAAGACCACACCUGAAGCAGAUGACUGGAGCAAUCCUAGCAGUGAACCAAGGGAUGCUUCUAAAUAUAAAGCUAAUCGAUAAUUUGCUACCUUUUGUCUCGGUUGGAGAUGACCUCUGCAUUCAGUAUAAAGUCUCUGCUUUGUUCAAAAAUCCUUCAAACCACAAUAGCUAAUUAUUUCCAAACAAAGACCUAAUCAGGGCAUUGAAAAAUACUAAGAACAAAGUGAUGAUUGGGACUUAAAGGAAGGCACUGAGCGCGUUUGGUAUGUGAAACCUGUCAGCUUCAGCAGAAUAUGCUUGGUUGCUUCAGUCAUGCAUUGACAAAAGGGGUUGCACUGUGAUUGCACUUAAGAAUACAAAGUUGUAACAAAAAGAUACUAUUUGAAAUGGCCAAUUUGUAUUGCAAUAUGAGGAUUGGCAAAAUGUGCAGAAUCCCUUUAAGUGGUGAAUAGUAUCUUGCACAGCAAUGUGGUAUAAAAGAAAAAAUCCUCGUGUUGUUAAACAUUCGCUUUGAAAAUCCACUCUUUGCUGCAUUUUAUAUUGCACAGUGUCACCUGUUACAGAAAAUCCCUUUGAGCUCUUAAGAUCUUAUGUCUAAUGAGCUUAUAAAUACAUAGUUCUACAAAGGGUUGUGCAGCUUUAAACUAAUGCUUUCCCCAAAUUCCCAAAUCCAUUUGUGAAGUGCAUACAAAAAUUAUGUUGUUACAAGACGUUGGGAAUUCCACUUCUUGGUAUGCACCUUAAUGAUUUUCUUGACACACAAACACAGAACUGCAUUUCUAUUAAGUUUCUUCUUGUUUUGAGGAAAGAUCGUAAGUAGUUAGAUCAUCUAUCCAUACGAGAAAUUCUGUCAGUACAGGGACAGGGGGUAACUAAAUUUCAUGUUCAUUGCCUAUCAUUUCUGGGGGGUUGGGAUGGGGAAGGAAAUGCUGAAAGGCCGGACAGCCAGUCAUACAAAUGAGUUUGCCUUAAGAGUGUUGGUUGCUUGGAACCUGAUUAGUUUAAAACCUGUAAAUAGUUUGCAAAGUUAUUUAUAUAUUCAAUGUCUGACUAUAGUCUGGUAAUCUGAAUUUGUAGUGUAUAUAAAGAUGUUGUACACCAGCUUUUGGAAAGUGUCAUUGGUCUAAACACAUGAAACUGGAAAUAGCGUAGAAACGGGAGGGACAUAACAUAGCUGGUACCUGAUUUAAGGGAGGGAGGGAAAAAAUUGAAGAGAAAAACCCCAAGUGCUUUCCCCUUAAAUUUACUGUAAGGGUUAUUGCUGAUUAUUAGGAAUCUGUUCUUCACCAGAUCCUUGCCAAAUACUAUGGCCUUACAGAAAAAUUUGUGAAAUUUAGAAGUUCUGGUGAUAUCCUAGCCAUGGGAAUAAAGUAGGUGAGUUUUAAGCAACUCUUAUGCACCCUCAGUUUCUCUUAGGUGUUUUGAUAUGUUUUUGAAAGAUACUGCAGAUUUUAGCAUGGAAGAACGAAACUUGGUUACUGUAAUUGUGGGGGAGCUGUCCCUGUUGUCCUCCCAAUAUUUAUUUUUAUAAAGAACUGAUCUAUUAGGUAAACAGGGAAAUGCUGAGGAAUUCCUAGGUAUUUUU